AGGGAGGGGUGAGCUCGCUGUGGUGCAUCCUGCUGCCGCCUGCCCGUGCCAGCCUCGCAGUCAGCACCACCGAUGCCUCCCGCGCAGUGCGGCGGCCGCCUCCGCGCCCUGGGCUUCCUCUGGCUGUGGGCGCUGGUGGAAGCAAAGACCAGAACUUAUUACCUCGGGAUUGUGGAAGAGAAUUGGGACUAUGCACCAUCUGGGAAAAAUCUGAUCACAGGACAAAGCCUCUUAGAGGACAAGUUUGCAAGCGUGUAUACAACAAGAGGAGCCAACCGGAUAGGACGUGUGUACAAAAAGGCUCUUUUUAGGCAAUUCACAGAUGACACUUACUCCCAGGAGAUCCCCAAAGCAGCAUGGCUGGGGUUCCUUGGCCCAGUCCUGAAGGCAGAAGAAGAGGAUGUCUUUAUCAUACAUCUGAAAAACUUUGGUUCCCGCCCAUACUCUGUGCACCCACAUGGGGUCUUCUAUGACAAGGACUCUGAAGGAGCACUUUACCCAGAUGGAACUGGCGGUAAAAGCAAAGAGGAUGACUUUGUUGUUCCCGGUGGAAAUUACACAUACACAUGGCCAGUAAGGAAAGAUUAUUCCCCAACUUUGGCAGACUCAAACUGCUUGACUUGGAUUUACCAUUCUCACAUUGACACACCAAGAGAUAUUGCAUCUGGUUUAAUUGGGCCUCUGCUGGUGUGUAAAAAAGGAACUGCAGAUGAGACCACAAUAGAAGGGACUGGUGCUGCUAAUGCUUUUGCCCUGAUGUUUAGCAUUGUAGAUGAAAACUUCAGCUGGUACCUCGAUGAGAAUAUAAACACCUUCUGCUUGGAACCAGACACAGUUAACAAAGAGGAUGAAGGUUUCCAGACCAGCAACCGAAUGCAUGCUAUUAACGGUUAUAUCUAUGGCAAUCUCCCCGGCUUGGAGAUGUGUGCUGACACUUCCAUGUCCUGGCACUUGUUUGGCAUGGGGAGCGAGAUAGACAUCCACGCUGCUUACUUCUACGGGCACACAUUCACCAGCAGAGACCAGAGAGCAGAUGUGAUUGGUCUCUUCCCAGCGACGUUCAUCACGGCGGAGAUGACUCCUGGCAGCCCCGGGAGGUGGCUGAUAACCUGCCAGGUCAAUGAGCACCUGCGAGGUGGCAUGGAGGCGCUAUAUGAUGUUCAGAUCUGCCAGAAAAACCUGUCUCACUCUUCACCAAUCAGUCACAAGAGAAGAUAUUACAUUGCUGCUGAAGAAGUGCUCUGGAAUUAUGGACCUGACGGUUAUGAUAAAUUCACUGGGCAGGGUUUGAACGCCACUGGCAGUGAAUCUGCAACAUAUUUCACACAAGGGACGGACAGAAUAGGAGGGCAAUACUGGAAAGUUCGCUACGUGGGAUACACUGACGCAACGUUCAGUAAGAAGACUUGGUCAGAGGACAUGAAGCACAUGGGAAUACUUGGCCCUGUUAUAAAAGCUGAAGUGGGAGACACAGUGCUGGUUACUUUUGCCAACAAAGCCAGAAGAAGCUAUAGCAUUAUGGCCCAUGGUGUAAGCUUCAGCAAGCUGUCAGAAGGUGCUCCCUACGUAGAUGGCUACCUGAAGCCAGGAGCCCACGUCAAGCCAGGUGAAACCUUCACGUACAAAUGGAGGGUGCCUGAAAAUGGAGGCCCAACAGAGAGUGACCCCCCGUGCCUGACCUACCUGUACUACUCAGCCACUGAUGCUGUCAAGGACACCAACUCUGGCCUCGUGGGACCUUUGCUGGUCUGUCGGAAGAACACCCUGAAUCAUGACGGGACACAGAAAGGAAUAGACAGAGAAUUUUACCUCCUCUUUUCAAUCUUUGAUGAGAAUGACAGCUGGUAUCUGAACAAGAAUAUUGAAGAAUUUACUGGAGACCCUUCAAAAGUAGAUGAAAAUGAUGCUGAUUUCAUGGAAUCCAACAAAAUGCAUGCUGUCAAUGGCUACUUGUAUGGCAAUCUGCCAGGCCUGACCAUGUGCAAGAAUGACAAGGUCUCCUGGCACCUCAUUGGGCUGGGCAGUCACUACGACAUGCAUGGGGUUCAAUUCCAAGGAAACACCAUCGACUUGAGAGGGACGACAAGGGAUGGGCUGGCCUUGUUUCCUCACUUAUCAGGGACAGCACUAAUGCAGCCAGACCGUGUGGGCACAUUCAAAGUGGUUUGCAGGACUUUUGAUCACUUUGUUGGUGGGAUGAAACAUCUCUACGAGGUCAGCGGCUGCCGCAGCCCCGGCGGAGGCCAGCAGCAGCGUGGAGCCAUGAGGAUUUACUACAUUGCUGCAGAGGAGGUGGAGUGGGACUAUGCCUCAAAUAAGAGCUCAGCACCAAAAGUUUACAACAUCAGCAGCUAUGAGGAAAGCUAUGGGCAUGUUUUUCUGAGCCAAGCAGAGGACCAGAUUGGCUCAAAAUACAAGAAGGUGGUUUACAGGGAGUACACGAGUGGCAACUUCACACAGCGCAAAGUGAGGACAGAAGAGGAGGAGCACUUGGAAAUCCUGGGGCCGUUGCUCCACGCCGAGGCCGGUGACUCCGUACUGAUCGUAUUUAAGAACAAAGCCAGCAGGCCUUACUCAAUAAGUGCACAUGGUGUAGAAGAGGUUGGUUGUGAAGAACAGCCUGAGACACCAAUUACCCUCCCUGGGGAAAUGAACACCUACAGGUGGAACAUCCCGGAACGAUCCGGUCCUGGCAAAACAGAUCCAAAUUGUAUCACUUGGGUUUAUUAUUCAACAGCAAAUUUUGUUAAGGACACAUACAGUGGUCUGAUUGGGCCUCUUGUAGUUUGCAGAAAAGGAACUUUGGAUGAAAGAGGUCUAAGGAAAGACAUCGAUCGUGAAUUUACUCUUCUGUUUAUGGUGUUCGAUGAAAAUGAAUCCUGGUAUUUGAAAGAAAAUAUUGAAACAUACCUUCAUAAGAAUCCUGAUGAUUUUAAUUCCACUGAGAACUUUGUAGAAGGCAACAGCAUGCAUGCAAUCAAUGGGAAGAUUUACAACAGUCUCUUGGGUCUAACGAUGAAUGAAGGUGAUAGGACAAACUGGUACUUGAUAGGAAUGGGUGAUGAAGUGGAUAUCCACACAGUUCACUUCCACGCACAGACCUUCAUCUUCAAGACAGAUAAGGACCACAGAGGAGAUGUGUAUGACCUUUUCCCUGGGACUUUCCAGACAGUUGAACUCGUAGCAGAAAACCCUGGAACGUGGCUUCUGCACUGUCACGUGGCCGAUCACAUCCAUGCUGGCAUGGAGACAACCUACACCAUCAACAAAUCAGAAGAGAGACAAGAGUGGGAAGUUCCUUCAGGAGGAGGACACACAACUGGAACAUACAACAAAACUACUGCAACAAAUGAAACCACUGCAAAGGAUUAUGACAACAAAGUGGGCAAUUUUUUUGGCAAAACUUUGAGUCCUGGAGAAGCCAGCCUGAUACUAGCAGCUUUUUUUUGCAUUGGACUUGUCCUACUGUCAACAGCAUUAAUCUUCUUCUGCUUCAUCACCCACCAAGGAAAUAGAAUCCACUACACAGCUCUGGAUGAUAAAAGUGCACUUCUGGCAGAUUCCCUGUAAAUCCCCACUUUUAAUAUCGUUCACAGGGACUCACUGGAUUUCACAACAUAGAGCCAUAAAACCAUUAAGUUUGGAGAACACCUCUAAGAUCACUGAACCCAACCAUUAACCUAAUUCUGCCAGGCAACAUGCUGCUAAUAAAACUGGAGCAGGGCAUAUGCUGACAGUCCUACCCCAUGGCCAGUGCUCACAAGAGUGAACACGGGCUGUAGGGCUCAGCUCCAAGAGCCAGGUACCACCCAUCACCAUUUCCACUCUUCUGGAGUUCAGAUGAGCUCUGACCAAGAUCCAGUCUGGCAGCUGAGCAGAGCAGCACACCUCUUGGCAUCCAGUGGGUUUUCACAGGAGCAGGCAGAAUGGCAUCCAUGUGCUCUGUGCAGAAACUUGGGGUUCACACUAGAAAAUAAACACCACCAGGGACUGGCUUAAGUUGUCAGCCUCUGAUAGAGCAGAUGCAAAUCUCCAAGCCCCUGCAGUUUCCCAAAGUCUGGCUCAAUGAAUUCACCACCAUUCAAGUGAUUGUCUCUUCCUUUUUUUUUUCCCUGUUAAAUGAGGAAACUUUGCACUGGGGACAGAUUUCUGAAGACCUACAAUAAAUUUUAGCACCUGAUGGGUUCAGCAGUGCCCCUGCUGUUAGUUUUUAACAGCUUUUAUUUAUCUCUAAAAAUCUAGCUCUGAACAACCUUCAAGAGAUUAAUUGACUUUGUAAAUGCUGCUUGUUAUGGUCCUGAUUCUGUACCUCUUCUUUGCACUGAGCAACACCUCUCUUCCAACCUGUAAUGAAGCCAUCAGGAGGAUGAUCUUUGUGCUCUGCGAGGCAGACCGACAGAAUCAGGACAUGUUUAGUGAUACUUGAAUGUUUAUAGCUAAUUUUUGUUAGGUUGUGUUUAUUCUUGCCUGCUCAUGCCUGCUACAGCUCUAGCAGAGGAAUUCUAGGACAAAAACCUUGGUAAAACUGUUUACACAAAUUUGAUUUUGAAUGUAAAUUCAAGUUGAUGUUUUGGUUUUUUAAAUUUUAUUUUUUCCACUUCUGUACUUUAAAGUAUAUUCAAAGGUAGGAAAUUUUACUGUGCAACACUCUUAUUGUAGCUUAAAUGUGUCCUGCAUUGAUGUCCAGUCAAACAAUAUAUUGAAGGUUCUUGGAUGUUUCUCAGUAAUUUCUUUGCUUUCCUCAGUCAUUUGAAAGCACACACAUGAAGUAGAAAUGCAGGACUAAGCCCUUAUAGAUUUUACAUCAUAUCAAGAAACAACUCAAAAACUCCAAUUUGAGCUGGAAAAACCAAAUACUUUCAUCUUCCUUUCCUGUAAACUUUAAAAUUGGGGUCUCCUGUUCUGUGCAAAAAUACUGUCUGUGCAGAACUUUAGCUCUCUGUGUACAUAUAAAAUAAAAGCCUUUCACUCAAAAUGCACUGUUAUGAAAGGAAAUUAUUUGGUACUUCACUUCUGGGGUAGCUAAUGCACUUGAUGUUUUAGAAACAGAGUCCUAAGUAUGUUUUGACUGUAGAAACUAGUUUGCCAAAGUGAUUACAUUGAUAAUAAAGAACCCCAGCUAUUUGUAUGAA